AUGAUGAAUGAACAUCAUGAAGAGAAAAAUACAAUAUUACCAAAGCUAGAAGAAUUUUCACUAGUAUUUGAAAUAUAUGAAGAUCAAUCAUCUCGAGUUACUUCAAAUGAUGAAUGUGACAAUUCAAAUGAAGAUAUUUCUGACAAUGAUACAAAACAAUCUUUACCAUUACUUACACAUUCGAAUGAUGAAAUUCAAGAACAAUCAGAUGAUGAUUUUAAUGAAAUACCGUUUGAUGCAAAAGAAUGGUUUGUACAUGAUGCAACUGCAGGAAGAGUUCGACCUCCUCGACAAAAUGAAUUUCUUUACAAACUUUUAGAAGAUUCACGUUAUUCAUCAUUUAUAUCUUGGUUAGACAGAAAUGAAGGUUUAUUUAAAAUUCACGAGCCUACUCGAGUAGCUGAACUGUGGAUAAAAGUUAAAUCUAGACAGACCUCUGCAAAAAUGGAUUAUGAUACAUUUUCACGUGGAAUUCGAUAUUAUUAUAAAACUGGAGCAAUGAUUAAAACAUAUAAAAAGUACACAUUUCGUUUUAAAAAGCCUAUAAAUAGUAUCGUAUAA